AUGCCCAUAGGAUGGACCUACUUUACCGAUAUGACUUCUAACCUUAACUCGCGAGCAUUCAAUACUUCGAUAUGCAGCUUGUGCAGUAGCCGCAAAACAGCUAGGUCAGAUGAAACAUCCGAUUCCAGCUCUUUGCGGCAAAUUUCAACAAGAUAUAGCCACUCAUACGGCAUCAAAUACUACGAAAAGGCCAUUCGGACACUUGUGAAAUCCAUUACCCCCAAAUAUCAGCAAGCAACAGACAUCGCUCAAACACAAACCAGUGAUGAUCAUGCUUCCCCCGCUGUUUCUUUAUCGCAGGGGGAUUUAAUGUACGAAGCUUUGUGUGGAACUUUGUCGCCAACGACUUGGAGCAGUCUUGUAAGCUAUGACAAUGGGACCAAGUGUUGUUAUCCUCUGAGGCUUUUACUGACUUUAGUCACAGUCGUUGCUCACCGCCAGACUCGUGUAGAUACGGAGAACCUUGCAUUAUGGAGAAAUAUGGGACUCCUUAUUGAAGACGAUGGGUCACUCAGUCUGUUUGAUGGCCAAUACAGCCUAUCAACAACGCCCGAGCAUGCAAGGGGUAAAGUCCUCUCAUACACCUUGAUCCGCUUGCUAUGCAAGUCGAUUGAUUACGUGGCGCCUGUCCCACCUCUGAGUCAGCUUCCAACGCAAGGCUCUCCCAACAGCGUAAAUCCUACCAGAGACAGAUUCGUAUAUCUCGAGAGCCAGUUUGACAACUGGUACCGAAUCCUCUCUCCGUCUUUCCAUCCAGAUGGGAAGUUCUCAGCUCUGAGGGAGGAUCCCAAAGCGUCCGGAGGUCCUGGACUCUUCAAUAGCGCUCUCUGGUUCAGUAAUGAUCUCUGUUCGACAACAAUGAUGUAUUACCAUAUGGCUCGAAUGUUGCUCAUUACCCAUCAGCCAGUAGGGCUACUGUCAGGUGAUCAUAACCAGGACGAUACGUUACCCGUUGAUCUAUUAUCUACCUUCAGGGAGAUGGAGAAAGGACUCAAAGCCCAUAGUUCAGAAGUGAUCGCAAUCGUUCGCGGAAAUCCCUGUGAUGCCGUCAAACUAAGAUCUAUCCAGCCGCUAUAUUUAGCUGGCCGAAGUUGCACAACAAGGAGUGAUCGGAGGAUUCUUCUGAGCAUGUUCAGGGAUAUCCAAGAUGGGCUGGGUGUUGCAACUAGAUACAGGGUGAAGGCUUUACUACAAGAAUGGGGAACAUCGUACGAGGAACUAGAAGCCCAACCAUUGCCAGCUUCCGAGGAUCAUCAUGUGCCACAGCACUAG